UUUGUUCCUCGAGCAUAGAAGCAAACCCACAUCUCUUCCCUAAUUGCACGACAACCCGAAAAUCUGCUCCUCUCAUAAAAUUCGAAGAGCUAAAUGAAGAACGAAGAUAUACCCGAUAAAGGCCGAAGCUUACCCGUCGAUCCGAAUCUCCCCAAAUGGGUUUGCCAGAACUGUCACCAUUCCCUCUGCAUCGUCGGCGUUGAUUCCUACGUCGACAAGUUCCCAAACGAAUCUUCUCGCUCGGCGAUGCAGGGGUCUUCAAUUCAUGGAGCUAGCAGCGUGCUGGGUUCAACAAGAAUGGAUAACUCUUUCGUUGUGCUGCCAAAGCAAAAGCCACUGGCACCUGGGAUCCCUCCACGACCUCGUGGUGUGCCUGGUCAGCCUGAUGCAGGCCAACCUAGGAAAGGUAUGGAAGAAUCAUUUGUAGUGGUCUACAAGUCGGAGUCUGCUGCUGAUGGAAGUGGGACACAAUUACCAUCAUCAGAAGGUGGAGCAAGCAGUUCUUUGCAGCCGAACAACUCUGGUUUUCAUUCAACUAUUACUGUUCUCAAAAAUGCAUUUGAGAUUGCCACUACUCAGACACAGGUUGAGCAACCGUUAUGCCUUGAAUGCAUGAGGGUGUUGUCUGACAAACUUGACAAGGAGGUUGAAGAUGUGACCAGGGACAUUGAAGCAUAUGAAGCCUGUCUUCGGCGAUUGGAGGGAGGAACACAAGAUGUUCUCAGCGAGGCCGAUUUUCGCAAGGAGAAAUUAAAGAUUGAAGAAGAAGAAAGAAAGCUUGAAGCAGAAAUUGAAGAAAUAGAAAAACAGAAUGCUGCAGUAAAUGCUGAACUAAAAGAAUUAGAGCAAAAAUCAAACCGAUUUGAAGAAUUGGAAGAGCGGUAUUGGCAAGAAUUUAACAACUUUCAGUUUCAAUUAAUCGCUCAUCAGGAAGAGAGAGAUGCAAUUUUGGCGAAGACUGAAGUCUCACAAGCACAUUUAGAGUUGUUAAAGCGAACUAAUGUGCUCAAUGAUGCUUUCCCCAUCUGGCACGAUGGAGAAUUUGGAACUAUUAACAAUUUUCGUCUUGGACGACUACCUAAAAUUCCAGUUGAGUGGGAUGAAAUAAAUGCUGCCUGGGGUCAAGCCUGCCUCCUACUUCAUACAAUGUGCCAAUAUUUCCGACCAAAAUUUCACUAUCGGAUAAAGAUAAUUCCUCUGGGAAGCUACCCUCGCAUAAUGGACAGCAACAACAAUACAUAUGAGCUCUACUUGCUGUGUUAUAGGUUUGGUCCUGUGAACUUGUUCUGGAGUACACGGUACGACAAAGCAAUGACAUUAUUCUUAACAUGCCUUAAGGACUUUGCCGAGUUUGCAAAUGCCAAGGAUCUAGAAAACAACAUUCCACCUGAGAAAUGCUUCAACUUGCCCUACAAGAUUGAGAACGAUAAAGUGGAAAACUACUCUAUAACGCAAAGCUUCAACAAGCAAGAGAAUUGGACCAAGGCUCUGAAAUAUACCCUGUGCAAUCUGAAAUGGGCUCUCUACUGGUUUAUUGGGAGCACCAAUUUCCAGCCUUUAUCAACCACGGUUACUCCAGCUACUGAAGUUCCAGCUGUGGGCUCCUUAUACACGAAGCGUGGUUCUGAUCCCAAAUCUGUAGCUCGAAAACCAUCAAAUUCAUGAUACUGAUCUGCACAUAACAUCAAUAUUAUGUGAAUAGUGAGACAAUCUAGUUUUGUGAGGUCGCUGCCGUAUCCUUAUUUGAUGUAUGAUAAGGCAAAGGCAAACUUAAGUUAGGGGAAUGAGUCGUUCCCGUUUAA